AGUUGUGAGUAAACGUUCCUGCUGAGCAGACACGUGAUUCUCCGUGUGUUUAUUAAUGAUCGUUAGGGUGCUAACGUAACAGUAGAUGAUCAGAGUAAAGUUGUAAAGACGUCAGCGCUGAGUUGAGUUUCCCCUCUGUGACUCUUGGAUGUGUGUAAGAUGGCCGGGUUUAAGGAUCUUAAAGAGUUAUUCAGUCGACGGCUGCUCGCUGCGGUUAUCAGAGAUAUAACAGAAGAAAGAACAACAAGUGGAUACGAAGAGGAGCUCCACCGACAAAGAAAACUGCUGGAUGUGAUUUUAACUCCUGAAAUCAAGCUACAGAGAACAGAUGUCCAGCAGCUGUUGGUGAGUAAAGAAGAGCUUCCACCUGAGCAGCAGGAGUGGAGCCACAUUCUGGACCAGGAGGACACUAAGCCCCAACACAUUAAAGAAGAACAUGAGGAACUGUGGCUCAGUCAGGAGGAAGAACAGCUUCAAGGACUGGAGGAGGCUGAUACCACCAAGUUCCCCUUCACUCCUGUCUCUGUGAAGAGUGAAGAUGAUGAAGAGAAACCUCAGUCCUCACAGCUUCAUCAGAGACAAACUGAACAGAUGGAAACAGGAGUUGAUGGAGAGGACUGUGGAGGAGCAGAACCAGAUAGAGACUCAGAUCCAGAGAGACGUUUACAACCAGAGACUGAGGUCGAGACUGAAGACUCUGGUGAACCUGAGACUGUUGACAGUGAUGAUUGGAAAGAGACAAGAGAAGAUCUGUCAGAAUUAAACUUGAAAAACAAGAAACUAAAGACUGGUAAGAGACAACACAGCUGCUCGGAGUGUGGUAAAAGAUUUAACCAGAAAGGGAACAUGUUAGUUCAUACAGGAGAGAAAGCCUUCAGCUGCUCUGUUUGCAGUAAAAGUUUUACCCAAAGACAACAUCUGACCAAACACAUGUUAGUUCAUACAAGGGAGAAACCCUUCAGCUGCUCUGUUUGCAGUAAAAGUUUUACCCAAAGUGGAAGUCUGACAAAACACAUGUUAGUUCAUACAGGAGAGAAAGCCUUCAGCUGCUCUGUUUGUAGUAAAAGCUUUACCCUAAGAGGAAAUCUGACAAAACACAUGUUAGUUCAUACAGGAGAGAAACCCUUCAGCUGCUCUGUUUGUAGUAAAAGCUUUACCCAAAGUGGAAAUCUGACAAAACACAUGUUAGUUCAUACAGGAGAGAAACCCUUCAGCUGCUCUGUCUGCAGUAAAAGCUUUACCCAAAGUGGAACCAACUCCACUCUGACUCUCCCGGAGUUUGCUGGACAUACUCAGGGGAAGAAGGAGCUGUUUAAGGGUCGGGGGCAGGCCAGUUACCAGGUCCCCCGGUUCACUAACUUCACGGCUGAACAUCAUGAAGUUGGGUGUGAAACUGGUAGCGCUGUGCCUGGUUGCUCUGUUGCCUUCAGGUAA